AUGGAAGUUCUUUCCAAUAAGAUUGAUAGGAAACAAUUGAAACCAGGAGAUCACAUUUACUCAUUGAGGCAGGCUUACCUCUAUGCCCAUCACGGAAUAUAUGUUCGAGAAGGAAUGGUAAUCAACUUCACAAGAGGAACAAGUGGAACACAAACUCUUUUCGACCGUCUCUUUACAAGUUCAUUCCCCGCUUUGAAUGCUCGCAUUCCAUGCCAAAAAUGUGUUGAUGCUAACCAAACGAAGAGUAAUGGUGUCAUCAUGUCAUGCUUAGAUUGUUUCCUUUCUGGAGGUGAACUAUACCUCUUUAAGUAUGGUGUAUCCUGUGCUCUUUUUCUAGCCCAAGCUCGAGGAGGUACAUGCACCCUUGCUUCUUCUGAUCCAGCAGAAGAAGUCAUUUGCCGCGCUAUUUAUCUUCUUGAAAAUGGAUUCGGUGACUACAAUGUCUUCAAGAACAACUGUGAAGAUUUUGCAAUUUAUUGCAAAACAGGUCUCCUUGUGACCGGAAACAUCAGUGUAGCCGGCGGAAGUGGACAAGCUGCUUCUUGCUCGGCUGCUGCCAGUUCAAUAGCUACUUUACCGCUUAGGUUUGUGACCUCAAGUUUUUGUGGCAUAACAUUGGCUAGCUGUGGAACGUACUGCAUUAAAAGAUUGGUUUCUGAUAUUAAGUUUCGCCAUGAGAUACUUAAUGAUGCGAAAAAAGUUCCGGUAGAAAAAAUACAUGAAAUAGCCACGAAAAACAAAUGUUUAUUUAGUUGUGUGUUCACUCAAUCUUUUCGGUUUCCAAGACAAAAGUGCCAUGAAAAUAAAGAAGCUUACAUGUAG